AGGGCUGACAGCAUCCCUGCCCCACCCUGGAUGCUGCCAGCCCUCCCUGGCACUGCCCCCGCUGCCUGGCUGUGCCAACCCUGGUAGCAUCAAGGUCAAAAAUGACCCUGGUUUAAAAUCAAAAUAAGGACGAUAUUGUGGCUUUUCCUUCCAGUCGGAAGCAGCUGAGGGAGAGAGUGGGAAGGGUUCGGUGUUGGUGCUUUGGUGCACCCUCAGUGCUCCCGGGUGGUUCAGAUCCAGCAGGAUGGGAUGGCUCCUUCCCCCUGGGUGGGCUCAUGGCUCUGCUGUCCCCACAGAGCUGGCAGGAGGCCGUGCCGGGUAUGCCCGGGGUGGCAGCCCUGUCCCACGGGAGGAGGAUCACUCCCGGGCUCAGCUCCUGGGCUCCCGGCCCGGCCCGGGGCACCGGAGCAGCUCCAGCUCCAUCUGCAGCGAGGACUCGGCUGCCAGCUUUGGGGAGGGGAUGCCGGAGCCGCUGCUGUGCCCGCAGGAGCCCGCCGGGGGUGUCCCCGGGGCAGGAGCCUGUUGCCAUUCUUCAGCCAAACUCUCGACAGGAGCCCAUCCCGGGCAGGACGAGCCCUCGCUGCCCGCGGGGACAAGCCCGGCCGUGGCCGUGGGGCCGGGCAGAGCCCCCCGGCAGGACAGGGCUCCAUCCCGGAGCAGCCUGGAGUCCCUGGGAGCGAGGAUCUCCCGCCUGAGCCGGAGCCAUCGGGGGGUGGCCCGGGGGGUCCCCUGGCCGGGCCCCCCUGCCCAGCCAGCCCCGGGCCACGGGGGCUCGCCCCGGGAGGAGCUGCUGUGCCGGGCUGCCACAAGGACAGGCUCUCCUGGCAGCAGUGCCAGAGCCAGGGGACAUCCCGCCCUGCAGCCAGCGGCUCUCUGGGGACGCGGAGGGAGUGUCACCUUCCCGAUGGCUGAUGUGGGCAGGAAAGGAGCUCCCAGCAGCAGGAGUGCUGGCACGGCCAUGGGAGCCCCCCGGCGAUGGGGGUCACCUGUGUCCCCAGGGCUACGUGGGGACAAGGAGGGGGGGCUGCCCUGCAAGGGGGUGGCGGGGCAGCCACUGCAGAGGAGCCAGGAGGGGACACGAGAGCUGGGAUCUGGUGCCAAGCCCUGGAGCCAAGGGGACAGAGCCAGGACUGGCCUGGCACUGCUGGGACACACCUGGGACACCCAUCACCUGUGCCACACGGACCUGCAGAGGAUGUCUUGGCAGGGGCAGGGAGCCCGUGUGGGCCAGGAGUGGCUGGACAAGGAGAGAAGGAAAACAGCAACUUCACAAGAAGAGAAACUGGAGCUGCUGGAGAGGCUGCGGGAGCUGGAGCGGGGCCGGCGCUCCCUGCUGCGGCAGCGGCUGCAGGUGCUGCUCCGGCGGGACACGGCGGACACCCUGCGGCAGCUCCGGGAGGCGCUGGAGCAGGAGCGGCUGAGCGGGCUGGGGGGCAGAGCUGCCCUGCUCCGUCUCUCCCUGCCCCUCCGGGACCGGGCGGGCAGGAGCGGCCGGCGGGAGCAUCUCCCGAGCCGCCCUCGGGGCGCGGCGGUGCCGGGGCGGGCCGGGGGCAGCCCCCGGAGCCCCCCGGAGCCCCCGCGGGCGCUCGGGAGAUGCUCCCCGACACCGGAGCCCUCGCCGGCAGCCCUCCGGUGGGUCCGGGAGCUGCCCGGGGGGACACGGGGGUCCCGCUGGUGCGAGCCUUCCUCCCCCCCUGCCCCGUCCGGCUCAUCCCGCGCCCUCCUCGUCCUGCGGGGGCUCCGGCAGCAGAUCCAGCGGCGCCUCGGGCAGUGGCAGCGGCUGCAGGGAGCCCUGGAGGGAGCUGGGCAGAGCAAGGAGGACGGGGAGCAGAGGCAGCAGCCGGAGAAGACCCCAGCUCCAGGAGCCCCGAGGGAACCCCCGGUCCAGAGCCAGAGGGAACAUCCCCACCCCGCCUCCAUCCCUGGGCUCCCCCAGCCCGGCCGGGGCUCCCGGGGGCUCCUGCAGCACUUCCAGGAGCUGCAGCUGGAGCAGACACCGAACACGGGGAGCCCAAAUGCCCUGGGGGCACAGCUGGGCACCGGGGACAGAGAGGGACAGCCCGGGGUGGGCGCUGUGCCCCAGCCCCUCUGCUGAUCCAGGGGAGGAAGAGGAGCAGAGCUCCAGCACGGAGCAGAAUUCCCGCUGGGAGCAGCCCUGCAGUGGGGCUGGGGCCUCAGGCAGGUCCCACCACCACCAGUCCAUGCCUCCAGGUGACCCCAGGGCCGAUUGUUGAUCCUGGGCAAUCAGGUGGGAUGGCCAUGGAAUGCCAGGAGCCUCUGCAGAGCCUGCCUGGACCAGACUCGGGGUUCCCACCUCCUCUUCCCGCCCUGCAGCUCCUCUCUGCUCCCAUCUCCUGUUCUGGGAUACAGCUGGAGGUGACAUCUCCUUUUCUGCCCCACCACGAGGACACCAGUUGGAUAUUCGGGAAAAACUCCAAGCUGAAAAGGAGGUUAAACACUGGACCAGGCUGCCAAGGCACUGGUGGAAUCACCAUCCCUGGAAGUGUCUGAAAAAUGGGUCCAUGUGGCACUUUGGGAUGGGGUUUAGUGGGAUUUGGUCAAAGGUUGGACUUGAUGAUCUUGGAGGUCUUUUCUAGCCUGAAUGAUUCCACGAUUCUGGAAUGGAUGAUUUCCUACCUGCACACUGAGGUCCCAGUUAGGAAAUUCCAACAGGCAGAACUGAGCUCCUGCAAAUUCCUUGAGAAGCACCACGAGGUUGUGGGGGAUCUUGGAGCUGCCCUUGGAGCAGUGGGAUCUGCCCAUGGAGCCUGGCUGGGAUGGCUGAGCCUGGGACAGAGAGGUUUAAUGGAAAAAACCCAAGGGAAUUGCUCUGUUUGGAUGCUUGAAUUUAAUUUGGAAAAGAAAAAACCCAUUCCUCACUCUGGGCACAUCUCUGUGGGAAAUGCUGGUUUUAAUUUGCAGGAGAACAUCCAAGGAAAGUUUCUCCACGUGAAAAGGGGGAACUGGGAGUUUCUUGCAGGAUUUUAUUGCUGUGCCUUGUUCCAGGGGGGAUGAGGAUUGAAAUAUCUGUGUGCUUUCUUUCCAAUGAAAAUAAAUGUGAGUUUUAUUA